AUUGACAUUUUAUAUGUCUGAUUUUGACUUUUGGAUUUAUUUUGGUUAGUUUUGAAGAGCUUUUAGAAUCAUUUAUUCUAAAAGAGAAUAUAGAAGUUUAGGAAAUCUUUAAUUGUAACCUGAAUUAAUAUAUUUAAUAAUAAUGUCAAAAUCAGUGGCUCGUUUGAAGUCGAUGAAAAUGGCUGAUAAAAUUGACCAUUCUUCAAAGUUGAGGACCAACAUACCAGCAGGAAUGGCCGCUGCUGGGCCACCUUUAGGCCCUAUGCUUGGUCAGCGCAACAUUAACAUAGCAGCUUUCUGUAAAGAUUUCAACGAGCGAACGGCGAAUAUUAAGCCAGGAGUACCUUUGCCGACCAGGGUCAAAGUAAAUUCGGACCGUUCUUACCAGUUGGUCAUCCACCAACCACCAGCAUCAUAUUUCUUGAAGCAAGCAGCUGGUAUAAGUCGCGGUGCAAUGGAACCUGUAAGAGAAAUAUGUGGGAAAAUAACCCUUAAACACUUAUAUGAAAUAGCAAAAAUAAAGCAACAGGACCCACCUCUGGAAUGGAAAUCACUGGAAGAAAUAUGCACCAUGCUGGUAGCAACUGCAAGAACAUGUGGUAUUGAAAUAGUAAAAGAAUUAGAUGCAAAGGAAUAUGGUGAUUUUCUAGCAGAAAGGAAAAAGAUAGUGGAAGAACAGAAGAAACUACUGCAAGAAAAGCGAGAAGCUAAGAUGUUGAGAACUGCAUAGUGCAUUAUUAUAUUAGAAAUAGUUAGAUCAUUAUUUAUAGGUUAGUUGUUGAAUAUAAUAAUAAUAAUUUGAA